AUGAGCGCACCCAACAGAGCCGCACCACCACCUCCUCCACCAGGAGAAGACGGAGAACAAGGUGCAUCAGCCAACGAAAGAUUGCUAGCAGCUGCUAAGCACGAUAAUGAGGAUAUGUUAGAAGAUGCCCUGGCUGAAGUAGAAGAUGUCAAUUACGUUGAUGGAUUAGGUAACACAGCACUACAUUACGCUGUCAUUCACGCAUCGACCUCUAUCCUCGAACCGUUACUGGAGCAUGAAACAUGCGAUGUAGAUUUAAGAAAUAGAUUACAAGGUGAUACUCCAUUACAUAUAGCUGUGAGGAAUAAAUGGGAAGAUCACGAGGGUUUGCGAUUAUUUCUAGUCGGACAUUUGUUAGAAGCAGGAGCGGACACGAAGAUGAAAAACCGAUACCACCAACGUCCUAUAGAUCUUUUACCUCCGCCUGGAUCGGAUCCAGAAUCAGAUGAUGAAAAAAUCAGAGCUGCGAUCAGAAGGACAGAAGCAGAGGAAAUGGUAGCUGAUAAAGGUGAUGUGGUAGAUGAAGACGACGAUUUUGUCGAUCCAAAUGAUAUAGCUUCGGACUCUGAUUGA